AUGCAAAAGGCAAGGGUACCGAUUCUGCAUCUCCAUUCGCCUGCGUUCCAUGAAUUACUGAUUUACAACAAAUUGAAGUCAUCAACUAAGAGUGGUUCUGUUUGGAGAUUGAUUGAAUCAUGUUCAGGCAGUCACCACGUAGAAACGGACGUCCACCAUUCAGAUGACAAGACACCAUCAGUCCCAUCAAAUAUCACAAACAAGCUACACAAUGUUGUUAACAAGGACAUGAUGAGAUUGGGUAGAAAAGAUCUUAAACCAAAAGUGAAGCAACCAACUGUUUUUCAAGACAAAAAGGAACCCGAAGAACAUCAAGUGGAUGAAAUCGGCAAUGAAACUGAACCUGAAGAUCUUGUUCAUGAUCACGAGCGUGAAGAACAUGAAGACAUGAAGCAUGAGGAAGAUCAUGAGAAUGAAGAAGAGACUACAGAAGGAGAACAUGACCUGAUAAAGAUUAAGAAGACUGAGGUGAACAAAGAAGAAGGACAACAUAGUGAUGGUGGUGAAGAAAUCAAAGAAAAAGUGAAUGAAAAGGUGAACAAUGAGCAAAACAAAGUUAUUGUUCUUGAGAAGGAAGAUGAGAAGAAGAUGAAUUCAAGCAUGAAAGUUGAGAAUGUGUCAAGUGAAGUGGGACCCAGUGUGGAUCUUUCAACACUGACAGUGUCAAAGGAGGAAACUAUACAACAUAUGAACACAAGUCAAGAUUCAAAUUUGAUGCCUUCUGUUGACCUCAAGAAUGCAGUAUCAGUGAAUAGAAACUCAGAAGAUUCAAUGAAUUCGAAUGGGGAAGAUGAGAACCAAAAGGAACAGGAAUCAAAUGAGAAUGAGAAUGAGAAUAAUGAAGAGUCUGAAGUGAAAAAUGAGGAAGGUGGUGUUCUAGAAGAAGAGAAAGAAGCUCUUACAGACUUGGGAACAUUACCAGAGAGUGGAAUAGGAGGAAGCAGAAGCACUGAAAACACAGCUGCAGAGUAG